AUGGGCCCCCAUUCAAGCCAAAGGCCACAACCUAUGUCCCUUUUGAUAAGGAAAUUAAAAUUUAACACUUCACCAUCUAUGGUUAGAGAUAAAUUUAAAAAGUUUGGAGCAAUUAAAGAUGUAUAUUUACCAAUAGAUUAUUACACAAAAGAACCAAGAGGGUUUGGUUUUGUUGAAUUUUAUGAUCCUAAAGAUGCUGAACAAGCAUUAAAAGAAAUGAAUGGAAGUGAAUUAGAUGGGAAUCGAAUUGAAGUUUUUGUAGCUCAAAAAGGUAGAUCUGACCCUAGAAUUAUGAGAUAUAAAGAAAGAGGUGGUGGUUCAGGAUAUGGUCAUAGGAAAUAUUCUGAUAAUAGAUUAAAAAGAAGAUAUAUAUCAAAAUCUAAUUCAAGAUAUGGUUCAUAUUCCCGUGAUAAAAUAAGAAGACGUGAUAAAUCCCGGGAAAGGAUAAGGUAUAGAGAUAGUUAUGAAAGAAAUAUGAGAAGUAGUUAUAAAGAUAAAAAAAAUAAUUAUAUGAAAAAUUAUAACAGAUAUAGAAGUAGAAAUUAUGACAGAAGUUUUAGUAGAGGGCGCAGAUCUAGAGGUUAUAGACAUGAUAGUCCAAAAUAUCGAGAAAAAAGAAGAUAUAAUAGAAGUAUUAGUAGAAGUGAAAAUAAAAAUAAUAGAAAGGAAUAUAAAUCAAAAUAUAGUAAUGAUAAAUAUAGUAAUGAUAAAUAUAGUAAUGAUAAAUAUAGUAAUGAUCGAUAUAGUAACGAAAGUGGUAAUUCUAGCAAACAAUCAAGAAAACAAAUGGUAUCAAAAUCUAUUUCAUUUAAUACUGAAAAAGAUGAUGAAAAACGAAAAAAUGAUAAUAUAGAAGAUAGAGGCAAUUCAAAGGAAUGGAAAGAAAGUAAAGAUAUAGAUAAGCAUGUUGACAAUAAAAAUUCAGUUAAUAGUCAAGAUGCAGAAUCUAAUUAA